AUGCCAGAGAAUGAAGCGUUGGCACCGUUUUUGGAGGAGUACCAUGAAGAUUGCCCCGGAUGUAGGGUGGAUCGGUGGAAGGCGAGCAGGAAAGGGAUACCUUUCAAGGAGUUCCUGUACGUUUGGCUCGUCACCCUCUGCACAGGUAAGAAGAAUCGGGCAAUACGUCUCUCUUCUUCUCUCGCGUCUCUUCUGUCUCAAGAAGCCGCAAUUAUGGGUAGACACACAAAUCCUCCCAUUUCUGAGGAUCGCCUUCCGACUGCGAGUUCCAUCGUCUGCGAAGUUUCUUUUUCCUUCUUUCUACUUUUGGCGUCGCGGCUCUCAGACUUGUUUGACCUCGCACACCACAUUCUUCUUGGGUUCCGUUCGGCCUACUUUCCUUCUGACGAAUGCGGCAGACUUGUCUCAGACUCUCUUUCGUCAUCUGAUCAGUCGUGAGGGACCUUGAUUUCGGCUAGUAGGCAUGUACAAAUGUAUUUGGGGUUGAUCCCUCGGAUACCCAUUCGGUGUUGUUAAAUUCCUGGCCUCUCUCUAAGGUGUCUGAAUAACGUCAGUAGAUUCCAUUAUCUGUCACCCUCCGUGACACUUUCAAAAAUUAUUUCAUGUUUCUGCAUGGAAUUUUCAGAAGCCUGAAUGGUCAAUAAAAAAGAAACGAAGGUGGAGUUUCAGAUUACUUUGCCAGAUUAGGAUGGUGUCUCGUACUUGUUUAUUUGGCUUUUCAUAGCCUCUCUACCCAGUAUGCAGCAUGGAGUAUCAUCUUAUAUGGUAUAAGAAACCUUCUUCUACCUAGUGUACGCAUUCUUCUAGCUUUACUCCGCCUUUUUGUUAAGAUCUUUCAAUUGGCUAGACUAUCACAGUAACUUUGUUGAGCAGGGAAUGAUCUUCUUUGUAUUUGUUUAAAAUUUUAGUCAAUUUCUCUUUUAUUCUUCUCUGCCUGGAAUAUAGAUUUUUCUUUCCACCUCUAGAUAAUGACAAGGCCGAAACAUUACAUCUUUCAUUUGUUUAUUCACGAGAAUGUUGGGAUCCUUCUUUUUAAAGUUGUUAUAAUUUUGAUUCAUGUACUAGCACUAUUUAGUAGCGGAAAUGUUCAUGUGGAUCUAUUUCUAACUUGCGGAACAAUGAGGUUUCACUAUCAAAGCCCUUUCGUAUAACUCAGCUCUGUACUAUUCAUAAGAUGAUGCCAUUUUUUCUUGUGGGUAUGUUCUUUUACCGUAUGUCCUCCUAUUUGUCCCUAAAAUUUGUGGUUUGUCUUUUCAGCCCUGCCAAUGUCAUCAUUGUUUCCAUUCUUAUAUUUCAUGGUACGUAUCAUAUUUACAGGUUUCACUUACUUCCUUCAAAUCGAAUUUAAUCAGUUUCAGCAAUACUCUCAAGUGUUUUACGAAUCACAGUUUUUCAGCUGAUUUUCGGACUGUCAUUUUCCUGGGUUUCCUGUGAAUUUUGCUCCGAUGAAUGAAUGUUUGUAUGCCUAAAUACUAAAUAUUUGUAACUUUUUUGGUCAUUAUUUUGGAUAGGUUAGAGACCUGAAUAUUGCGAAGGAGGAAGAUAUUGGUUUCUAUGCGGGUUAUAUUGGUAAGAUUUUUGUGAUUGUUCUCUCAGGGAUAUAAAGCAGGUUAUGGUUUUCAACUAAAAUGAUUCAGUAGCUAUCUAAAGUUUUGCUUCUCCUCUGAUAUAAUAAUUUUUUUUAUUUUUUUUCAAAGGAUCUUCUUUUAUGGUUGGAAGAGCUUUGACAGCCUUUUUAUGGGGGAUUUUAGCUGACAAAUAUGGAAGAAAGCCAGUUAUUGUGUUUAGCGUCAGUUCAGUGUUCGUAUUCCUGAAUCAUCCUUUUAUAGAAUUCUUGAGAAUAGUUUUUCAUGGGAUCCCUUCUUGCACUGUGUAUUGCAGAGUAAUCUUCAACACUCUAUUCGGGCUCAGCACAAACUUUUGGAUGGCAGUCUCAACCAGAUUUCUUCUUGGAUCUUUAAAUGGGCUGCUUGGUCCUAUCAAAGUAUGUGCUUCUACUUCAGACACUCAUUACUUUCUUACUUCGAUGAUUGGAAUAAAUCUGAAUUGCUUUUUUCAGGCAUAUGCUGUAGAAGUUUCUCCUAAAAAAUAUCAAGCUUCUGCAACGUCGCUUGUAAGUAUUGAAAAACUUGUCACUUUAUUUAAAAUCGUGCAUGAUGAUAAUUUCCCUUGGUCAUCCUCAAUGAGGAAGUUAGAACACCUUUUGGAAUGCAUCUUUCACAGUGCAUAUUAUAUUAGGUCGUGAAGUGUAUGCAUGAUACUAUUCUGGGUUUUGCUAUCUUGGGUUUAAAGAAAUAUGCGGGUAUCUUUGUGGGCUUGGCUUGUAAACUCUUCUUAACCCUGAUUCCACUUUAGAUAUGAUGCAACACAACUUCGCCCCUUAAAACUUAAAAGAUUGUCAUUACACUACCUCAAAUAGGAUAUCCGUUUACCCAGUUAGCUUCGGUAAGAAUGUUGGCAACUUAGGUUUAAACACCAUGGGUUUAAAAUACUUGGGAUAGUAAAGUUGCAGAUGUCCUCUAUAAAAGUACUUGAUAAAUCUAGUAUUAUGAAAUAGCAUCAAAUCGCCAGAGGAUAUCAAAUGGAGACGCUCCCAAAAUUUUGGAAGGAUUCUUUGUGAGGAAUAAAUUGAAUCGCUGAGAGUUAUUGACCUACUUGUAGAAAUAUCAGUGUCCGUAGAAGAGACAGACACACAGAUGGAAUUGGAAAAGAUGAAAAUUUGCUCUGUGGUCCACCGGCAAGCACCAUAACAGAUUGUGGCAUCGCAUUAGAUGUCUCCAUACAUCCCCACGAUGUGUGUGAAUUUUGUUGCUGACAAUUUUCCCAGAAGGUUACCUGCAUUUGUGCUGUGUUGACUGUAUCCAGUGUUGCAUUGGUGUAGAAUUUUUUCCCGUCUUUUUAAUUUAAUCUCUAUUGUUUUGUAUGAUUAACUUUUUUGCUGAAUGGUCCCGGGCCAUUUAACAGUUUACUUCUUUUCAGGUUACUACUGCAUGGAGCAUAGGACUGAUUUUCGGCCCUGCAAUUGGAGGUUACCUUGCACAGGUACAUCUACUGCCCACUGAUGUUUUUCUGCUUUGUUUCUGUUUAGAAAAAUUUCAUACCUAGUAAUCCCCACAUCUGAGCAGGUAGUUUUUACUGUUCUCCUGCUCUCCAAUAGGCAAUACUGAAAACUGAUUAGAAACUCUUUCAUAUCAAAACUUAUACACCAUUCUCUCGUUUUUAUAUUGAGAGUUGAAGUUUUUCAUAGGUUUUGGAUCAAUGGAGCAGUAUCUUCCUCCCAGAUACCAUAGGCGGAGCUAGAGAUGAUACUUCUAUUGUAGGUCCAAGUAUACCCAAGUUUACCAGUGUUCAUAUUCAAAAGUGAUCUCCCUCAGAAUAAGAGUUUUCCAAAAUAGGAGUUUAUACCCAAGUGUACCAAUCUCUCUCAGAAGAUCUAAUGCAUAUUUUCAUCAGAUAUGUAAACCCUUUAUUAUAUUUCGCUACUUCAAGGCCAAGAAAGCACUGAACGUUACCAAGAUCUUCGACUUCAUAUUCCUUAGCAAGCUUUGACUUUAAUAGUUUAAUCUCUACAUAAUUUUUAAUCACCAAAUAUCAUUAUCAUAAACAAUCGAGUUACAAAACCUUUUAUUUUUGCUAUUUUGUAAAUCAACAUUCCAAUGCUCAUAGUCAAAAGUGAUCACUACAUUUCCAAGUCCAUUAAGUCAGGCUUACAGAGAUUGCUUUAAUUCAUAUAGAGCAUUCUUCAACCUGCAUACUUAUUCUUAAAUAGAGUAACCAGAUGGGCAAUGUGCACAACUUUUUCUUGAAAGUCUCUAUAUAUAAAUGUAUUUUUUGCAUCGAUUUAGUAGAGCUCUGAUCUUCUAUUAUGUUUAUGAGUCCUCAAAUUAAACAUGGCCCGGAAAAGGGUAACCAAAAAGGGGAGUGAAAAAUAGUAACAGAAAAUACAACUUCCUUAAAAAUCUAAGAUCUCUAAAUAAUAGUGAAAGGAUAUAUAUGUUAAAAGGAGAUACCUUUAGGAAUUUAUCUCUGAAAAUAUAUCGCGGUAUUCGUCACCAUAUUAGCCUAAUUUAUUGUUGGAUAUCCCAACAGCGAAUAAAAAUAGAAUACAUUUUCUUCUAUGUUUUGAAUAUCUGAUAAGUCAUCUGCAUUUAGAAAAAGACUUAGGAUAAUCUAUGCGUUGAAAUCUUGAUCAAGGUGAUUAGUAAUUGUAUCAUCCAGCUGAAUUUUCCUUGACAAGUUUUCUAUCUGUGACAGUAUGGGAAUUUGUUGUAUUUAAGCGUUUUGAUAUUUUAUUCGAUGUAAUGAACCUAUUUCCUUAACCUCAUCUGUCCAUUUUUGACAGCCUGCGGACAAGUAUCCAAAUUUAUUUUCUAAGGAAUCAAUUUUUGGAAGGUGAAAAUUUUUGAGCGUUUUUAUUGGAUUUCUUGAUAAAUGACUUGUUCCUAUACUAAAUGGUGGCGUUCUUGUUGUGUAGGUUUCCAUAUUUCUUACCUUGCCUCUGUAUAUCCCUCAUUGCAGUAGGUGUAUUGGUUGCCUGUAUUUGGCUUCCUGUAAGUUAGAACUUUCCUCUACAUAACACUAGUUCUCGUAAUUUGAUCAAUAUCUAUUUUUUUUACUAUAGGCAUCUAUAUAUUGAAUUGUGGUAAACUUUUUCAUUUACCAUGAUGUAGCUAUAUCGUUUGGCCUUUCCUUUAAAGAUGUUUGAUCUAGUGAUUGGUCUCGACUAUACCAUCAACUUUCAUGUCUGGUGGCCUCUUUUAAUUUCAUGUUUAGCUUGAACAUAAAACAUAGUAAGUCAAUGAUAUGUCACAAGACCUUUCAUUGCCUUACAUCAGGCUUACGGGGUAAAACCUAACAGGAGAAUGUAAGAACUUAUUAGCAAUGGAUUGAGUUUAUCGGGGCCUAAAGCCAGUUAACAACUUAACUUCUUUAUCUUAAUUCUAUGUGCUUAUGUUUUUAGUAAAUAUAGAUUAGCGGGCAAGUGAGAUUUUUACAUAGCAGUCUUGCUGAAUACUACUAUUCUUUCAUUUUCCUUACAACCGGCAAUGACAUUCUUCUUAUUAUUGUGUUACACCUUUUUGCAGGAAACAUUGCAUACCCACAAAGAAACUAGAGAACAUAUAUCUUGUGAUUCUCUUGAGGCUUCUCAAGAUGGCUUUGAUUUCAAACUGAAGGAUGAACAGAGCGAAAGGAAGAAAUAUCGAUCUGAAGAAAGCCUCUUCAAGAAUUGGCCUUUAAUCUCAUCCAUCAUCAUUUACUGUAUUUUCUCCUUUCAUGAUAUGGCUUACACUGAGGUACCUCUCACUACGCCCCCCCCCCCCCCCCCCCACACACCCACCGACCCACCCACCCACCAACACGCACACAGAGAGUAACUUGCAUACUGUUCAUAAUGAUGAAGCUGUAGUAUGUCCAUGUAAACAUUAUAGUGAUGAUAGAUUGUCGUUUAAUAACCAUAUGGCUCUUACGUCAAGUCAUUGAUUUCGUAGAUUUUCUCCCUUUGGGCUGAAAGUGAUAGAAAGUAUGGAGGUCUGAGCUUUUCCACGGAAGAUGUUGGCCAGGUUCUUGCAAUAUCAGGUAUACUUGGUCUCAGGAUAAAGAUAAUGUUGGAUUUUUACUCAUAUUGACUACUAGAAGGCCAUUAUGUUGUUAUGCUACUGAAAUUUCUGUUAUGCUGUAUGUUUGGAAUUGGUGACAAGCAUUCGUGGGAAUAAAUAAUGUUUUUUUAUUGAUCUAGCCGUAUCAUUUCUUUGCGAUUAGUGCGGGAUGUUCACUUUGCAUAUUUGAAGUAUGCACGAAGUAUUAAUUAUUGUCAUGUAGCACUGGGUAUGUAUUUUUAUUUUGGGUAUCCAGCUAAAGACUAAUUGGGUUUCAGUUGACACUUGGAGCGCCACCUUACUCUCUUGCCUACCUGUUUAGGCACAUGACAUUCUCCCCAUUACUGGAGUAGUCCCACAUCAGUAAUUUCAAUUAGUAAGGAAAUGUUGCGCGCGAUUAAUCACUCAGUAGAGUUCUUUUUUGCUGGAUGCUCCAUAAUGAUAAUAUUUAAUUAAUGUAUGCCAAACAAUCAUUUAAAGGCCUCUGCAGCAGAACACUACAGCCUUUGUCCCAUGACUUGAAGCUAGCGUGUAAAAAGUGAAGGGCAGGAACAGAUGCUCAGUGGAAAUUGGUGCUCGCUCCCAGUAGGUGCUCCAGAGAUGUUCAAGGAUGUUGUCAUGAAUGUUCGUUGUUUUAAAAUAAAUCUGGAGGUUGACAUUGGGUUACAUAUUUACAGCCAAUUAAGCUCUCCAGUUUAGGCAUCUGAGUUUCAGAAGGAUGUUUUAAUAUGGUUCAAAAGCUAAGUUCCUUUGCUCGUUCUUUGGCUCAAAGGCCCACACAUAUCAUUUCUUGAAUUCCAUAGGUGCAUGCUUCGAGUUAAGUAUGGAGAAGAUAAGUCGAUAUAAUAUUGUUUUUAUACGUAGAGAAACUGAGCAUUUCUUCAAAUCGUACUUGUUCGCCAGUUUCUGCUCAGCGUUGACUUGGACCAGUUAAUAUUUAAGGAGACCCCAAAAUUAUGGAGGGAUAUAUAUGUAGAUUUAAAAUAUUUAAAUGUAACUUAACUCGAACAUCCUGAUGCUCAUUGGGCAUUGACACUAUGGACCAUCUACCACAGCUUUAUCAUUUGAUUAUGAAUCUUUGAAUUUCUAGUUUAUAAAGCAAAAAUCAUAGUUCAGCUGAAUUCAUUUUUAAAUGUCAACUUUCUCACUAAAAAUCCAUGUCCCUGUGCAUUGUGUGUAUGUGUUUUUUUCUGGAAGAUGGACUAAUUGAGUUUUUCUCUCAGGUUUUAGUCUUCUUGUCUUUCAACUAUUUUUCUACCCUCCCCUUGACAGACUGCUUGGUCCAGUUGUUUCAUCUCGAAUUGCAGGGGUAUGAAUUAUACAGUUUCUUGUUAUUUAUUUUAAAUUUCAUAUUUAUUUUAUUUUUCAGAUUCUAUCUCACUACAGGUUCUCACUACAGGUUCUGUCAAUUCCACUCCUAUCUAGUUAUCCCCUUUUUGCAAAUCUAUCUGGCGUUGGACUUUUCGUGGUUGUGAAUUUUGCAUCUUCGUUGAAGAAUAUUUUGGCUGUGAGUUCAGCUCAACUUGAGUUCCUUUCUCUUUUCUAGUGCAAUAGGUGAAAACAUUUCAUCACUUUUUCUUUGUGCGAACAAUACUCAUAAUGAAUAUUUAAGAUGCAAUCAAGGAGAAAGGGAAAAUAUAAUAAUCUAAUUCAGUGAGUACAGAACAAGAGUACGUUUUGAUUUCUUUUUAGUCGAAUGCCAUGUCGAGAUUGCUUUUCAGAGUAAAGGAGUUCUGAUAUUUCGAUGGAAAAAAGGAAUACCUGGUAAUCAUGCGUCCCCUGUUAUGUUGAAGUGCCCACAAUGCGUAGUUUUAGCUAAAACAUCUGAUUUAACAUGUUUUAGCUGUUGAGGUUGUCCAUUUGGUGUGAUCUGAAUUUUUAUUUCGCUUUUUACUAGAUCAAAGCUUUUCAACGUCAUCUCUAUGCCAAGAUCGUUAGUUUGAUUGAAUCCUUCGUGUGCAUAGUACAAGAGAGAUGUGUGAUAGUCCCCCGAGGAACGGUCAUAACCUGAAUCUAAGAUUUUUUUGAAAUCUGAACCAAAGUCAAACAUGCUGGAGCCUUAGUUUGCACAAAUCAUCAAGAAUGAUGACUCAUGUAUUCUUCUUCUAUCUGACACUUGAAUUGAGUCCAGAAUUUUCAAUUUUCGGAGAAUGGUGAAAAUUCAGUGAGGAAGUUGAUUCGGACAAUACCCAAUAAAUCAUAAAAAUACCCUUGUACAGGCACAACGGAUAAGAUUAAUUGAUCAAAUAUACAUCGAAUGUGAUUAUAGAUGACUGCUGUCGAAAAAUCAUUUAAAUGAACGCUGUCUGUCGUCACCUCUCUUUCAUAUUUAACAUCCAAUACGCUGUGUGAUCUUCUGUGAGAGUUGGCAUUUUUUGAAGUUCAAAUUUCUCAUUAGGCUGUAUUUUCAAUUUCGAUCAGAUUAUCGUCAUGAUCGGAACGAUCAUGCUUCAGAACAACGCUGUGGUAAUUUUAUAUCUUCACAUUUUAUAAUUUAAAAAUUUUCUUAGUUCCCUCGAUCCAAGACUCCAACGUAAAAAACUUAUUUCACCGAAUAUUUGAUUCUUUUUUGGUCCGACAUCAGGAACAACACCAAAGGGGAGCUGCAAAUGGCAUAGCUACGACCUUGACGUCUCUCUUCCAAGCUGUAGCCCCAGCAGGCGGAGGUACACUGUGAGUACCUUAACCACUGUUUUUGCCAAUUGGUAUUUCUCUCCCUGAACGUAAUAACACGGACUGAAUUUCAUCAGCCGAAGUUUGCAACUGUUGUGACCUUGGGUACUUCUCUGCUUUGCUUUUGGGAAGUACUCUCAAGGCAGAGAUUUUUGAAUCGGAGGUGUAUUUGAGAGGUGCAAAAUGGAAAGAGGGCAUGGCGGACUUUGAAAUUAAUAAAUUCAGUCCGUUAGUUUAUUUCUUAGAUAACAAAUCAUGUGUCUCUCCCAUUCCCACUCAUUUAGGUAUUAACCCAGAGAUGAAUUUUCUUCUCUUCAUAUAAAAGAACAGAUUCCUGUUUACUAUUCUUAUCGCAGUCCCUGAAGAUUACUUUAUUUGGGAGGACCCAUGGAUUUUGAUGAUUUUCUAUUUGAAGAAUGAAUUUUCCUGGUUGAGUGAUUUUGUGCUCUCCGCUGGGGAUGCUAUUCAGGAUAAAAGUAGUGUGCUUUCAGAGUUAGUUAUUUUUCAAAAAAUUAAUAGGAAUGCUAUUUUGAUCACCCAAAAUCACAAAAAAACAAAGAAAUAAUUAUGCUGGUAGUUUGAUUCAGUCCUUAAUUUGCUUGUGCGCAGACUUUCUUGGGCCCAGAAACGCCAGACUGCUUCGUUUCUUCCAGGUAAUGAUCCAGAAAUAACCUCAUAAUCAAUAUAUAAAACGUGCUUAUAUAUAUUCGCCUUCACAACUGAUGGUAUCUAACUAGAAGUUGGCUCGUCAUCUGACCAUUCAUUGUGUUCAUAUUUGAGCUGCUGGGUCCUUAUAGCUAUCUAGAAUCAUGGUAUCAAUGCGAGCCACAUCUUUCUGUUAUGCAGGUGAUCAGACGGUCUUCGUCGCACUGAACGUAGUUGAGCUCAUUGGCAUUCUCUUGACUUUCAGACCGUUCCUGACUCUAAGAAACCAGCCUCCUCCAUAG